CAAACGCAGUUGUUUAUUAACAGUGGGCUAGAACAGACAGCUUAUACACAUCUGCCAAGUGAAUCGAAAGGUGUUACUUCUAAAUGACGCUACCUGGGUUAUGCAGAGAGAAAUGUGUUUGAAUUAGUAGCAAAAUGAAAAACGUUCAUGGUGGUAAGAAGGGAAUGAGGAAGCCGUUAACGGAAGUGGAGAAACUACAGCAGCACUUAUCGCUACUUCGUGAACAGUAUGUUAAACUACAGGAACGAUAUACUGUGUUAGAACAGCAACACACAAUUGCAGUUGCAAGUUCUCAGGCACCAGAGGGAGAGGAUUCCUUUGUUUCAAGACUGUUACGCUUUGUGGCAGGGUUGUAUGACAAGGAAAAAUACAGUGAUAUUAAUGUUCACCUAGGAACAAGAAAUGUUCGAGCUCAUCGUUUUGUUUUAGCUGCCCGAAGUGAUGACUGGGGAAUACCUUCACUUGCUGAUGUUGAUUCUCUGGAUUGGAGUAAUCUUGAAGAAGAAGUAGGUGAGGCUGUAUUGAAAUGGAUUUAUACGGACCAUGUAAGCCUUCUGAAUGAUCACACCUUCACUCUCAGUCUCAUGAGGGCUGCUGCCGAUUUUUCCCUGACACCUCUUUUGAAGAGAUGUGAGAAAGCAUUAAUGGGCUGGGUAACAGUUCGAAACUGUGUAAGACUCUACACUACAGCUGAUGAAAUAGGUGCCAAUACUUUGAGAGACCAUUGUUCCACUUUGAUAUCUACACAUUGGAGUGACUUCACCCCAGAAGACUUCUCUCAUAUGUCUGCUCCCCUCCUCUAUGCCAUGUUCAAGUCCAAGACCAGCCAUCCACUGCAUGCAGCCAUCAGACUCCAGCGAGAAGAUGUUGUGUUUCUCUACCUCAUUGAAUAUGAUGCUCAGUUGCCAGCUGUUCUUGACGAGGCUGACGAAAAUGGCGACAUGGCCCUAGAUCUAGCACUGAUGGGACGGCAGCAUAGCAUUGCGGAUACCUUGUUGAAGCACAGUGCUUCAGUGACCAUCACUGAUCCCACUGGGGCAUCGUUGCUUCAUCGAGCCGUUCGGAGAGGUGAUGCAUAUUCUGCAAAUUAUUUAAUGGACCAUGGAUGUUCUGUAAAUGUUGCAACUCCUGGUGAUGGCAGGACACCUUUGCAUACUUUGGCAAGUCAGACUUAUGUGGAUAAGGAAAUUAGAGAAGAAAUGGUCAAAGUGGCCCAAUCUAUGCUGGUUAAAGGUGCUGAUCCAAAUAUACAGGACAAAGAUAUGAAGACUGUGAUGCAUUUGGUAGUCGAAGGAGAACGAGAUGAAAUAUUUCAGAUUCUUGUUGAACGUGACGGUCUCCGAUUAGAGUUGAGAGACAAAGCUGGGUAUCCAGCUCUGUGGUAUUCCCUGAAAAACACAUCAGAUUUUAAUGAAUCAUCAUUUGCUACACAAUUAAUCAAGAAGGGAGCAUCACCAGAUGCUACUGCAGGGGUUUCAUAUGCAUCAAGAAUUUGUGGGACUAUAGGUUCUAGUGGUGAAUCCCUUCUCCAUCUAGUAAGUCGAGAGGGUCUAGAGGAAGCUGGACUAUUUCUAACUACACAGGGUGCCAAUUGCAAUGUUGUGAAUACAGAUGGAGAAACACCUCUUCAUGUAUCAUGCACAGUCGGCUUACCAUCACUAACAACAGCCUUACUUCAGAUUGGAGCUAAUCCCAACCUACAAACUUAUUCAUCAUCUCCUAUUAACACUCCCUCCAGUAACUCACUAGAUCCAUUUGCCGAGAAUGAUUCAGAAGCCUCCCAAACUUCCAUCUCAACCUACAGAGAAACUCCUUUACACCGAGCAAUCAGGAAUAAAAACGAGGAAGAUAUUCGGGCUAUUUUAGAUCACAAAGAAUACUGUGAAAGUAAUGAUGUGGAUCCCAAGAUGAUUCCUGACUUAAACCUUCGUGACUCAGAUGAUCUGACAUCCCUUGGUCUAGCUCUUGGAACAGGGCAAAUCACAGUAGCAAAACACUUACUUGAAGCAGGUGCUGACAUUAAUGCAACUGAUUCCCAGAGACGUACCCUUCUUCACAUGGCUAUAGAAGUUGGAGAUAUCCAAGUAGCUACUUUUCUUAUCAACAAUGGAGCAGAUGUCAAUGUUAGGAAUCGAGAUGGUCAGUCACCUCUGCAGAUGUGCAUCACUGAAGGGCUUUCAGCUGUUGUAGGUCUUCUUUGUGGCAAAGGAGCAGAUCAGUCACAUCCGAAUUCACCUGAACCUCCGCUCUGGCAGGCCCUUAAUUCUAAACAAGAGGACAUUGCUUCCAUUUUAGUACAAUAUCACGUAGACACAGACAACUGGAGUGAUGGACCAGAAGGUUGUCUUCAGACUUUAUUACAUAAGGCUAUUGAUGAGAACAGGGAAGAUAUUGCAUGCUUCUUGAUACGAAGUGGAUGCGAUGUAAAUGCUGUUCGAAAACCAGGUCCAGGUGGAACAGGUGGUGAUGAAGCAAAGGACUUGCAAACACCUCUACAUCUUUGUUGCUCUUGGGGAUUAGAAGAAACUGUUCAGACAUUACUAGAACAUGGAGCCAAAGUGAAUGCUAAGGAUGCUGAAGGCAAAACUCCUCUUCAUUAUGCUAUAGAAAAUUGCCACACAAAUAUUAUUGCUCUCCUCCUCUCUCAUCCUGCCUUGGAUCUAUCUGUGCGUGAUAAUGCAGGUGUUACUCCAUUUGCAGCUGCCAUGUCCCGCAAGAAUAACAAAGCUGCUCAGGCAAUUCUUAAUCGAGAACCUAAAGCUGCAGAACAGUAUGAUCAUAAGGGUUUCAAUUUCCUACAUAUAGCAAUUCAGAAGAAGGACAUAGAAAGUGUACUUUUCCUUCUAAGUAUCAACGUGGACAUGCACACUCGUACACAAGAUCAGUUGUCUCUUACUCCUCUUCACCUUGCAACACUGACUGGGUCCGAGAUGAUUGUUCGAAAUUUAUUAUUGGCUGGUGGUGGAGCUAUUAAUGAGUUAACACCUCAAAAACAAACAGUGCUGCAUUUGGCUGCAGCUCAUGAUCAUGCACAUUUAGCUUCCAUCUUCUUGGAAAAUGGUGUUCGUUUUGAUGCUGUCGACGAUAAUCUCAACAAUGCACUUCAUGUAGCAGUAAAAGAGGGUCAUUUGGCAGUGGUAAAAGUGCUUCUUAUAGAAUCAAGAAUUAAUGCUGGUGCAGUAAAUCUUCGUGGACAGAAUCCUCUUCAUGUGUUAGCAAACUAUCCAAAGGAUAAUGCUGCUGCAAUUGCCGAAGUUUUCCUGGAAACUAUGCCAGAUUAUGAUCUUAACAAAGUAGAUGUUGAGGGCAAUUCUCCAUUGUUACUGGCUUACAUGAGGGGAGCAGGACAAUUGUGCCGUGUAUUAGUUCGCUCUGGAGCCUGUCUUGGUACUACAAAUAAGCAUGGAGUCAACAUUUUCAAUUAUCAGGUACCAACUAAAACGUUACUAUUUAGACUACUGGAUGUGUUAUCUGCUGAACCUCCAUGGAGUGAAGGUGAACUCUGCAUGGAGUGUGGUACCAAAUUUGGAAUUGCAACACGAAAGCAUCAUUGUAGACACUGUGGACGGUUGUUGUGCAGUCGCUGUUCGGAUAAAGAUGUGCCUAUCAUAAAGUUCUCUUUAAAUAAACCGGUCCGAGUUUGCCAGACAUGCUACGAUGUCCUUACUUUGGGACCUGCAGCAGUUUCUUAAUAUCCAACAUCUCUUAGUGUGAGUAAUAUGUUCAUGUUUUUUAUGCAAUUUUCUAUGCAGUUUAUGAUUACUGUACAGUAGUGAAUAAGGGAGAAGGAUUUCAUAUGGUUGCAAAUUUUGUCAUUUUUUGACAUUAAAGGUUCACAUACCCCAUACCUUUUCAAACAUGUAGUUAUGUAUAUCAGUAAAAUUUAAAAUUAAAAUAUAAUUUAAACUUAAGUUAUUAGACUAAAGAAAUAUGCUGUUUAGAAUAGUAUGUGAAUUUAUACUAAUUAUAUACCAAAGUGACACAUUUUUAAUUUUUAAGAGAUGAAACUAAGAUUGCGAAGGGAAGAGUGUAAGGAUGUAGGUGAGGUUGUAAAAUCCCUUCGUUUUAAUGGUCUGUCCCAAACUGUCUGUGAUGUACAUGGGUUAAUAACUGCAUUGGCAGAGUAACUCACUUUUCUGUGACUGGUUACGAAAGCAUGCUUUGUGGUGUGCAAACAUCAUCAUGGAAAUACAUAUCUGUUUACUCUAAGCGCAUGGUUAGCCAGAUUUCAUUAUUAAGAGGAAGUUAAGGGCUUCAGACACAUUCUUUGUUCAAUAGUGAAACUACACUGCUAUUGAAGUGAAUGCUGAUGCCUUCAUUUGUAACCUUCCCUGUAAAUCAGUCAAAAUACCAGCAAUAUAUACACAAACAACUUUUAAAAGUGGAUAAUAAUUAUGUAAAGCAAAUUUAAGUUUUGAAUUUCUUGUCUAGAAACUUGCUUUGUCAGUGAACCAUUAUUGCUUUACUUUUUAACUGUGCACCUAAUUUAAUGCAGUAUUAUAACCAUAUUUUUUUGUCCAUACAUUGCCAUCUUAAUGAAAGGAUGUAUUUAAGUUUGCAAAUUUUUUUUUUUCAUUUUGCAUAAGAAAAAGUUUUUGUAUCUAUUUGUGAAAGAGUAGAAGUAAAAAAAUAAUUGCUGUUUGUUGUAGUUCCCAUCUGGGCUCAGUUAACUGAAUUGAAAUAUUAUACGUAUAGUGGGGUGAUGUAUAACAUCUACCCUCAUCUCGUAAUUCUGCAUACAGCUUUGUGAUGUCAUAUUAUGUCAAAUUAGUUUUUAGUGCCUUGGGUUAACAAUUAUAUUUUGAGAUAUUAUCUAAAAUGAUACUGUUAUUGACAGCAGUUCAAUGGAUGUUUGAGCUAUAUUUAGUUUCAGAAAACUCAGAUGAUGGAUGAGGCUGGUUAGAAAUACACUUAAACAGAAGUUUAUUCAUAUUAAGCAAAAAAUCGUGUUCUCUCAGUAGUAUAGUAUUGCAGAAUUUUACAUUUGAAAUUCUUGAAGACUUCACGAACAAAAUGAGGAGAGUGCAUAUGGAUUUAUGAUUAUGAAAUUGGUUAAAAAUAACUUGAGAACAUUUUAGCCCCUGAUAUGUAAAAAUAUUGUACAAAUACUAUUUAAAGCCAUCUUUUAUGUACUUCAGUUUUGAUUUGAAAGUUUAGUUAAACUAUGGCAAUAGGAAAAUUGUAAUGCUGUAAACCUGGAUAGAUAUCACUAAAUCAACUUAGACUGAAAAAGAUUAAAAAAUAUUUUGUGUACCAUACCAUUGGUUGUCACUAUCAGUGAGAAAGCAAGGCUUCAGAAGGGAAAAGAAAAAAACAAGAUAUUUAAGGAAUUCAACAUUCCCUUCCAACAAAACCAACUUAUUUUUGGUGAAAUCUCUGUAGUGUUCUGUAUUAGUCAGUAAUUGAUCAAUUUUAUUGCUACAAGAUAUACAAGGAGCUUUGUGAUGCAUUUUUAACGAGGCCUUACAGCAGUUCAUGCAAUGGACUUGGAAGGGUAUUUUUGUCUGGGCUUAACAGUUUCAACCAUCAUAAAAGUGAUUUAUUUUACUCAAGGAUCUGAAUUAUAUAUCAUAGAGGUGUCCUAGAACAUAUUGCAGCAUAUUUUAAUAUGUAUCUGUGCUUAAAAAUAUUUUGUUACUGAAUAGUUUCAGUUGAUAAUGAAUUUCAUACUAAGUGGAUUAACAUCUUUAUUCAAUAACAAUGGUAAAAUGAAACUAUAAAGUGGCCCACAGGUAUGUUGAAUUCCAUGAAGUGGACUUUUUCAUGCAAUGUAAGUGCUACUACUGAGCAGAAACUAUCAGGUUAAACUUUCAUUCUUAAAAAAAGUUUAUGUUAAAUAAUAAUAUGCCAUAUUUUUCUGCUUUAUUUUGAAAAUGUCUGCCAGGUACAGAAGUAUGUUUAUGUUCUUUAAAGCAGUGGUUAUUUGAAAAAGUCAAGAAGAAUGAAAUUAAAGGUGGGCCAAGAGGAUUCAGGAGAAAUGGCUUUUGAAUCUCAACUCUUUAACAGAAGUGGGAAUAAAGAAAAUGUUUUGUAUAGCAAAAAUUAUUGGAGAAAAAUAAAACAGAUGAAGGGGGCAAAGCAUAGAAAUAAUUUAAACUGAGAUAUUGAAGUAGGAGAGAAAAGAAGUCAUGGAUCAAUGGUAACAGUACUUUCAAAUAUCACAAAAAGAAUAGUGAUCAAGGUUGGUAUGACAGAUGACCAAUAAAUGGCAUCCAAAGAAGUAGGAGAGCCUUUAUAAAGUUGGAAAAUAUUAAGGCUUUGAGACCAUCAAAAAUAAUCUGUAAAUGUUUUAAUUUUAGGUAAAGACUCAAUAAUUUAGGAGUUAACCAGGCUAUUUGAAAAUAUAGCAGAGAUGCAACUAGAAAGAGGAGGCACUAAAUUGUGGAAUUUUAGAUGAGAAAAAUAGUAGGAUAAGUGUUUCACAUUACUAGACUCAUAGGGCUAGCAUAAAGGAUCUAUUUGUAAAUGAGGUAUGAACACUGGAGUAAAGUAAAAUUGAAGGAUUUAGAUGGCUAGGUAAAAAGAUAAAUGAUAAUGAAUGUUAAGUGAAAGGUAGCAAAAAUAAACUCGGGUUGAAGGAAUACUAUAUAGAACAAUCAAUUUACUACAGAAUGAAUGAAAAGAGAAAGAUGGCAAAAAUAUAACUAGGGUUGAAUGAUUGUUGCCAAGAAACAAUCAGUACUACUAUCUACAGUAUGAAUUACAAUUUAUACUGUAAGUAUAAAUUGGAGCACAGUACUGUAUAAAAGUACAUAGAAAAAAAACUGGUGAAAGUGAUGGAAAAAAGGUAAAAAAAAAUCUAUAAAACAACUAAGUACCAGUUUUGCUCUGUGCUGUAAGAAUGCACCACAGCUAAUGCCUAGCAAAAGAAAAAUAUGUACUUAUUACAGAUUGUGCGAAGGCAUUCUGCAAAGACAUGCAAUUACACUGACAUUAUAACCAGCGGUAUCAGAAUGAUUUAUUAAGCAAGUGAUGUUACUGCGUUAUAACACAUGGUAUCAUUUGGGAAAAUGCUGAUUUUCCAUCAAUAAUUGACAGUGAGCCAUUUACUGCUUUUUUUCAUAAUUUUAUCUAUAACAAAGUAGAAAGGAAGCCCUUGAGAAACUUAUAUAUGCAGAUGACCCUGUAUUAACACCAAAAUCAGAAGUUUAGGUCUGAGAACUUACUUUUUACGAUAGAUAAGUAGAAUGGAAAAAGAGAUAAAAAAGUAAAAUGAAAAAGAACAAUAAUAAAUUAAUGUAUAAAACCAUGGUUAUAGUUACAAACUUGGAAGCAAAAGAUAGGGUGCAUUUUUAAAGGGGCAUAUGGUUAAACUAUGCAGGUGAAUACAAUUUUUAUUAUUGGGCUAAUGGUUUUGCAAAAUGUAUCCUCAGAAUUGCAAGAUUAAAUGGAUUAAGAGUUCUUCAAACAUAAGAAGACAUUUGUGAAAAGACAGAAGAGAAUAUUUGUAGGGGGAAGGGACAGCCCUUGUAACAGGGUAAAUAUUUCAGGUACCAUGGUGAAACAUAGGACUGUGAGGCUGUGGAGAAGUUGUGCACUCAAAACAUGGCACAUAAUUUUUAACAAAAUGGAAGUGAUUUUUAACAAUAUUAUGACAAACUCACAAGCCUCUUGCCUAGAUUGCACUGGCAAAAUUGUAAAAAUAAGGAAAUAGCAGAUAGAUGGGGUAUGCUACAAUAAAGGGAUACUUGUAGUCAGAAAAGUCAUAAGACAUUGGAAUAAUAUGAACCAGAUAGAAUUUCAGGCAUUGAGUACACAAUAAAAGAAUGAAGGGAAUUGAAUGUCUAACUCCUUUAGGGGAAACCAGGUGUAAAAUCAUUAGUAAUGAUGCUGAAUGACAUUGUUGUAAAAUGACAUUAUUGUUAAAAAAUUUUUAAUGUCUUGCAGAUCUUGACUAAUUUGCUUCUUAUUCUUACUUUUUAAAAUGUUUACCUCUGAAUUACAGUAGACAUAGGCAUUUUUUUUCUUAUUUUAUCAUCCUUGGAUAGCCCAAAUUGUAUAACCUUGGAAAUUAUCUUGUAUUGAUUUUUUCAAGUAAAUCUGAACCAAAACAAAAAAAUAUUCAGUACAGUGCUAUCAUCAAUCUUUUAUAAGCAUAAUAUAUAGUCUUCAUAUUUCCCAAAGAAUCAGUCUUGUGUAUAUUACAGAGAAACAUGAUUACAGCCUCACAGUAUAUGCUUCAUCUAAAAGCAUAGGUACUAGAAAUCACCCUCCUGGCUUCAUUAUCUCUGCAGGAUUGCCAGUUUUUAGCGCCUACCUUUUUGCAUUCACUAGCUAAUUUUUUUCUUUUCAGCCUUUUCUAUUCAGUGAUAAAAGUUAUUUGUACACAUUAAAAGUUACUACUGUUGAGUUUUUUGAGGUUGUAUGUAUAUUAACAUUUUUCUUAAGUUUCUGUGUAAGUGCUUUCUUCAACUAGCUAAAGAGUAGGUUCACUUGUCAGCUAUUGGAGGAGGUUAUUGUAUCUGUCAAUCUUCUUUAAUUGCUUCACAUUAUUUUGAGCAAAGGUUGAGUGGGUCAUCUAAUUUGGCACUUUUUGUUGUUCUUUGGCUACUUUGUACCAAUAUUACAUUAUUUUGAGGUUUGUUUAUGGUGCUAACAGUCCAUUUUAUCACUACAUAUGUAAUAACUUUAUCACUAAACUUUGUGGUGACAACAAAUAUAAACACACACCUGAUGAAAGAUGAUGCCAGUUAUGAUUGUAUACUCCUACUCUAAAGAAGAUGGCAAUAACAUCUCUUGCCAUAUUGAUCUACAGAGAUGCACCAGAGAAAACCAAUCAUUAGUAACUGUGACCUAAAACUGGACAGUAGUUGUGUUUCUCAGUGUCAAGAAGCAGUUGAUUUCUUUUAACUGGUCUGCUGGUGUGGUCACUAGUGUCAUGGUAUGCCGCCGAGAUGUUGCGGGUUUGUGCCACCCCCAGGGCGAUGAAAAUUCACUGGCUCUGUAUUAUGAUUAGUUACUGCUGCAGUGUGGGGUCUGUGUUGGAAGGCUGAAACCAACAUUCUUUGGAAGCUUGAAUUUCAAGUCGAUGGCCCCUGUAUGCUUGUUCCAUGUAACGAUUGGGAGCAGACUCAGAUUGAUUAAUGUUACAUACUAUCUCUCCUUCAUCGUAGUGUUCUAGCAGUAUCUCCUCAUCAGUGGUUUCUGUGAGGACAUCAGACCAAGUGGACAGGAACAGGAGACACAUCAUCACUGGACUUCAGUUUGUUUGUGGCCCCCAGACAGGAAGCCAACUAAUUUCCAACCAGCCUCAGCAAGGACUUGACAAUUUUGGAUCUUGUUCCCAAAUGACAUAGUUAAGGAGAGUAUGUAUAAACAAACUUACUUUACAGUAGUACAGUAGCACAGACAGCACUCUUUUUAAAAUAAAUUGCUUGUCAUAGUUAAGAGCCAGGAUUAUAUUAAUUUCUGGAGAUGAAGCAGUAGUGGAUACCUGCUGGUGUGAUUUCCAGUGCAAGUCUUUACUAGUUGGUGCACAUGUGUAACAAAACAGCAUAAGGCUUCAGAGGUACUACUUGGACAACUGGCUAGUGAUGGUAUGUUUAGGUACCUCUUAAGUCUUAUACUGCUCCAGUUUGCACUCAAAGGUGCUGGUUCAGUAAAGACUUGCAGGGCAAUUGACAAGCAGAACACACACCUCUUAACUGAAAUACCUUCCUCAUCUAUAGCAAAACAAAGGUAUUUCCAAGAAAGCAUGACAUGGUACAUUUAGUAUGCAGUCUUGAGGCUGAGAUGCCAGGAAGUUCACUCUCCUGACACCUCCUUGAUUGCCUGCUUCUGCAACAUUGACCUCACCUUGCUGUCUAAUCCCUAGUAGAACUACUACUUACUUGGAUGAGAGUGAGGGGGUUGUUUCCAGAAAGGGAAAUCAAUAGCUUACUACUUUGAUUUCUUAUCAACUGAGCAACUGAGUGAAGUCAGGCCAAUUGCCUUUGAAAGUGAUUUAUCUAAAUAUUGGCAUCAACAAACUGAUAACAUUAGUUGACUUGACAGAGGAGAUGCUGUUCUUGUUCAAUUACUUUUGAUGUAAUCCAUGUCUCCUGGCUAAUUUGUGGCAGUGUGUGAUCAGGGACCUUGUGUUGCUGGAGAAACUGGUUCCCCAAAAUUGCCUCAAAUUGUGGGUGCUUCAAGCUGCAACUUGUGAAGUCUUUGUCAGCAUUGCCUCUACUGGACAGUUUCCAAAUCCUCAGAUAAUCAUGUCUUGAGAAACCAGAGUGGCACAGAGUCCAAGACACCAUGCCAAAACUGGUGUUAGAGGCAUCUUCAUGUGGUGGAAAUAAACUGUGCUGACGUGGAUCCAAAGUUAUUUCCUGUAAGGCACAACAGGGUAGUGGUAGUAGAUUGUCUCAGAUGAAAAAAGCAGGCCCUGCUGUGGGGUUGGGGAUGGUCAAUGAGUUUCAGUAUAUGCAAGGCUCUUUUGGUAUCUAUUGGGUACUCUUUUGUUUGAUCUGAAGCAAUGAACUUAGACCAGAAACUUUAGUUUUACUGUUCAGUUGUGUGAAGUAGGUGGGAAAAUAGACAUGAUAGUGCAUGUUUUGAGGAACCUGGACAUAGACACCUUCCUACAAUGGAGAAUAUCAGGUAACCAGUUAUCAAAGAAUUUACAGAUUCUGAUACCCUUAGGUCACAGCAGUAGCAGCUUAUAAGCCAUAAGUGUAUUUAGGUAGACAAUCCAAAUAAGCUUCCAGCUUGGAAGAAGCUAUGCAAGCCGCCACACUUCAGAUUCCACAGUAACUGUGCGAUCUUGCAGCUUCUCACACAUAACUUAUCCGAUGAGGUCUCAGAGGUAGAUAUUUUACAGAAUAUGCAGUCACAGCUAUUGCAGGAUCCUUUAACAGAUGAAGUGGAACCAAUCGUGUAAUGUGUGCAAUAAAAGUGGCAUUAUUCAGUUUAUUCCAACAUUCAGUCAUUGCAGAAUUUCUCCUAUAUCUUUGGUGAUUUGGAAAGCUGUCAUUCACCACCAUCAAGGGAUGUAGGUCCUCCCUUUCGAAGAUAUGUACAGUCAAACUUCGGUUUUCAUAUGCCUCUCUUUUCGCACGUUUCCGUUUUCGUAGACUUUUUUUUUUUUUUUAAACAAAGUUUUGUCUUGGUUAAUGUACGUUUCCUCAGUUUUUGUACACUGGAACACUCCACUUGGGGCCCAGGGCAUGACCAGGCCCCGUAUCGAGCACCCAAACAAAGCAUCCCAUCUUCUUUCGUGACCCAUUCUGCUUUUGUUUCAUUGUUUUUGUGCUUUUUUAUUCCAGUGCUACUGCUAAAUAAGCCAUCAUGGGGCCAAAGAAAGUUCCAAGUGCUAGCCCUCCUGUAAAAAAGGCGAGAAACACCAUAGAAUUCAAGAAAGAACUCGUAGAAAAGUUUUGGAGGAAGUUGCAUGCUGAUCUCAGUGAGAAAAUGCCUACAGCAAGCACUGCUACUGUUGUUAGUGAAUUUAAGGCCAGCAGAGGUUGGUUUGAGAACUUAAGAAAACGAAUGAGCAUACAUAAAGUGCCUACUCCAGGGAUUAAGGACAUGUUUGCAAAGUGGAAAGAUGUCAAAGUUUUUGUGGAGAUUUAUCAUCCCAACAAAAAGGUUGUAAUCCGUGUCUCCAAAAUGUUUAAUGACAAUGCAAUGUUUAACAUUAGGCAAAUUUUAAAGAAACGCCAGAAACAAAUGUCUCUGGACAGUUUUGUUGUGUGACAGGGGUCCAGAACUCUCAAGCUGGCCCUGUUGCAAGUAAAAAACGAAGAGGGAAAGUAACCUCAGAUGGUGCUAGUAAAAAACGAAGAGAAGUAACCUCUGAUAGGUCCUUGAUCCCUGAAGACCUGGAGGGAGAUUCCAAACAAUAACCUCUCCUCCUCCCUCUCUGUUUUCCAUAAGCUAACAAGUGUUUUCCAUAAUGAUAAUAGUGAUGUUAAAUGUCCAUUUAUUCAUUUCAUUAGUCAUUUAUAUUUAUUUCUCAUUGUUUUCUGUAUGUUAAACUUUCUAUUCCCAAUAAAAUGUAUUUUUGUUAAUAUUUUUGGGGGUCUGGAAUGCAUUAAUUGUAUUUACAUUAUUCAUUAUGGAAAUUAUCGUUUCGGUUUUCGUGGGAAGUUCUGGAACGGAUUAUGUACGAAAACUGAGGUUCCACUGUAUUGAGCUUCAUGGACUAGACUAGGGUUCAUCAGUGGAGUUGAAGUGAGACUUCCAAUAAGGAGAUUCUUUUAGGAUCAUGUAAACCUAGUCAGUCAUGAAGAGCUUUUUCAAGCCUGCAGGUGCAUGUUCAAGAUGGGUCAGUAAGGUUCACAUGCUGUCUGGGAAAGUCAUUGCGCAGACUGUAGUUAGGUUUGUUCUUUUUUAUUGCUUAAUUUGCCGGUUACAAGGAGGACUUUGUGUCGUCCAGUAAUACCUUUAGAUUAUGAAAGACUGUAACACCAGACUGUUUCUCUCCACAAGACAGCGCAGGCAAGUCACAAAAAACCACACUUGCCUCCUACUGGCUGAGGCAAAUCAUCCAGAUUUUACAGUAAUGGGACAGAAAUUAAAGCUGCACUGGUAAGAGUGCUAGUUGAUUAAAUCCUAGUCCUCUGUUUUUUUUAAUCUUAAAUGUCAGCUAACCGUGCUAAUCCACACUUACCUCUUUCAAGAGACUUUCCUUUCAGAUGAUUGGUUUUAUGUUCUUUGGGACCAGUAGUCAUGGUGUUAUGCAAAGUGCUACCUUUAGGGGAGGUGUGUAUGUUGAUUAUACAGAGGCCAGAGUUCCACAUCAAGCCUCUUAUCCCCUUUAACACUUAACUUGCUGGGGUAAGGACCCAUGCUAGCACAAAGGGAAACCUUGCUCAGUCUCAACCAACUGUCACUACCACCUUUAGGGGUGGGGGUGGGGGGGGAUUGGAUAUCAUCUUCCACUUCUUCAUACCUCACGUCAUUUAAUCCUUUUAUGAUUAUACUUUCGAGAAUUAGACCUAGAGUUUCUAGCAUCUAUGUUUCACAUGAAGGGUGUGCUCUUUUUGUAGUUGAAAAUAACUACCAAGCACAAGUGCUUUUUAUUCCUACUCUGGGUUGAGCCAUAUUUUGAAUGCCAGAACCUUUGUUCCUGACUCAUACUAUUCCUAUAGUGCUCCCCUAAAUCCUAGAGGUAGUACUUAUAUUCACAUUAGGAACUUUUAACACUUCCCACUCAAAAUGAAAUUUGGAUGCAUACAUACUAUACAUUGUAUGAUUAAUGGACUUGGAAUUAAACAAACUAAGUUUUUGCUAGUAUAAUGAAAGCAAAAAACAAUUUUUGUUCAACAGUCUGAUUAAAUUACUUAAUAAAAAAAAGAGAGAAGUUUUUCAUAAAAACUGAUUAUUAUAUAGUGAGUGCCUUCCUCCCAACCUGGCUGCUCUUUCGGCUUCAUUUUCAGAUAUUUAUAAAGUGAGGAAGGUGAAUGAUGUGCUUAUAGGUGGCACAUGCGAUGUGGGAUUGCUGAUCUGGGGACAUUAAAUCCAUGAUAUGGGCAUAUCUAUAAAAAUACAAGUGACGUUGGGUUGGUAUGGAAAAAUGGCUUUUAUGGUAAAAGAAAGCUCUAGUGUUUAUGCUGAAUCAUGUAAGCUCCAUACCAAUUACUCCACACUAUUCUGAAUGCACUGAGACUGAGAAAUUGGAAUACAAUUAACUACAUUGCUCUCAACAGACUUUAUAAAACACUUGAGGAGUCAUGACUUUGCCCGGAGAAACCUUAACAUUAAAAUUUCAGUUCAGGAGAUACAUACGGUAUGUGAUAGUUGGAAAUUCCAACUUUUCUUGUCUUUAAGCUGUCUAGAAAUAAUUCAUAAGAAGUGUCGAAUAUAUUUUUUAAUUUAAAACUCCAGUACUAUACUGGAAAUUUAUAGUAAUAACAUUAAAAUUACAUUUUGUUACUAAUGUAGUAAGUUAGGGAUAUGUUUCAAUAUUUUUGCAAUGCUUAACAGAAAAGUAUUAGAAGUUCCUUUUAAUUUACAUUCUUUAAAUAUUUAUAGCCUCUGCUACUUUACAUUACAUUACAACCUUAGUUCCUUAUUGUCUACAGUUAGUUUUGGCAAGUUUGUUUAUAUUGCAAAAGCAUCCUCUAAGCCAUGCUGGUUUCAGUUACAAUUUGACAAGUUCUUGAGUAUGUGAGGUUUUCUGUUUCAUUUUGUAAUAGAAUAAUAAAUUACAAAUAUAAAUGUAGUGUCAGUGAGUUUAUUUUGAGACUCAGCAUUUUAUCCUAAGGUCUAAUCUUCUUAUAUAACAAGUUUGAUUAAAAUUUUUUAGCAGAGGAAAGAAACUAACAUCUCUGUAAAUAUUGUUUGAAACCUGUCACUGUCUUGUCAGAAAUAUAUAGAAAAUAUGUUUGCAAUACAUUAUACUCAACAUUACUUUCUAAAUCACAGCACGACAUUCAUAUGUCUUAAACUUCGGAGAGGCAUGUACUAUAACAUAGAGCUGAUAUCCUGAUAAACUGUAAAGUAUGUUUACACCGAGUCAUAACUAUAAUUAAAGGAGUACAAGAAAUAAAAUCAAAGUAUAAGAUCUAGCUUUACAAGUUUCUACUACCAACCGUAAGGAUGAUUGGCUAGUUUAUCAAUUGAAAGAUUAAUAGUUGUCGUCUACCCCUUGAUGAUUUUUAAAGAGCUUGCAUUCUUAAAGGUAAUUUUUGUCAACUGCCACUUGCAGUCCACUCAUAGUUAUUGUAAUUUGAAGCUUAGCUAAUGAAGGUCAUCAAAACCAGUAUCUAGAAACAGGCCCAAUUAUGUACAUUUUAAACAAAUACCCAUCUGUUCCACUUUUUCUACUGGAUACAUGGUAGUAUUCCAACUCAGUCAUCAGUGAGGGCUUAAUAGCCACUAGUACAAAGAUCAGUUCUUUAAGUUUUUUCUCGUUUAUCUUACACCAUUAAAAUUCUCAGUUAUAUGCACUGUAGUAUAUUUAAAAUUCCGUACUAUCAUAAAUAUUUUUGUGGAAAAAAAAAAAUUGUUAAAAACAUCAAAUUUUGAAACCCAUCUCCUUUAUAGUUUACAAUAUAAAUAAAUAAUUUUUUUUUCUUUUAUAAAGUCAGCUGGACUCCGGCUGAAGACCCUGAUUAACUUGAGAACUGAGUGGAAAUUUGUUUUAAUGGAAACCCAGAGACACGAGAUGUAGUAUUGUACACGAGGUCACUUGUAUUAUUAUUUAGCUGAUUUGUGCUUUAAAAAUAUGAAAAUCCAUAACAAUAAUUUGACGUGUGUAUAAAUGUUUAUUAGUCAUUUAAAGAACCAUUAUUAAACAUUAGCAUGGUUUUUUUAUAUUUGAAAUAGUCAGCACAUACUGAAGAUACAUUUACACAGUGAUUAGAAAAAAAAUAAAAUUGUAGAAAAUAAGAGUCUGAGUUUGUCUACUCACUAGUCUUCCAUUCAGCAACCAAUAUUUUCGUCACUGAUCCCUGUAGGGUUUAGUCAAUACAGUACUCCAAUAUUUUCGUCACUGAUCCCAGUAGGGUUUAGUCAAUACAGUACUGUCAUUAAUGCAACAAUUGAUUUUGAUUUUAAAAAUUAUCUUGACAUGUAAUCCUACCAGAAGUUUUAAGUAAAUUUUCAUAAUUUCAUUGUACAGUAAAAAAAAAAAGUACAGUAUUUACUUAUUUUUCCCAAACUAUGUUAAUGAAACCGAGGCAAAAUUGCAGUAUUAAAUCUCAAGCCCUUCACAUAAUUAUGAAAAGUAACUUGAUAAAAGUAACUUUACCAAUGACUAAUCGGCAUCUAUUCAGCAUGUCAAACCUUUUUGGUUCUAUGAAGUGCUACAGAAUGUUUCUAGUACUGCAUUAAAGUAAUGACUUGCAGUUAAUAACAAUGAUUGUUUAUUUCAAAGGCAAUUCAUGUUCUCAAAUCAAAAUAUUUCCUACGUACUAACCAACACAGCUUCAUGUUAAAGUAGGUUAGUUGAAGUAUCUUACAACUUAAUUGAAAAUAUAUGGUGUAUUAAUGGUCCUGUGCUUGAUUUAUUUGAGAAAUGUUGAGUAGUGUAACUUUCUUAAACACAUUUAGUUAGAAAUGCUAUAUAAUUUGCAGCUUCACUUUAUGAAAUUCAUAGGACUUGACAAAAAAUUACUGGUCACUGAACAAUAAAUAAUCUAAGCCUGUUUUAGAAACAAAGGGAAAAUUGGUAUAUUUGCUUCAUAAAUGUUGAAAAAUAAUACUCUUUAGUCAUGUAAUAAAGAAAAUCUGUUAAGGAAAUUACUUCUGCUUUUACAUGCCAAAUGUCAAUAAAAUCUGGUAACAUUACUCUUUCUUGCAUAAACUGUGUGUAUGAUAUGUUGCAGAAAUGUUAGAAACAUGAAUCUGCUUUAACACUGUUUUUUACUUGGUAGUGAGAUUGAGUCACAAAAGACUGCUUCAGAAGUAAUUCUUUGUAUAUUACACUCACACAAUUUUUCUUGAAGUAUACCAUGUAAUGGUGUAAAUAAAAGUAGGCCAUUAAAAUGUUGCCUGUGAUAAGUAUUUUUAUUUUAAUGAAAAGGAAUUUUACAAAACACACAACAGGUGCUUUUGAAAGGUGAUGCUCCUAUCAGACCAUUGCUUAGCCUAACUUCAUAAUUUAUGAAAUGUCUGGACAGAUGAUUAUUUUGAUACAUGCUUGUAUUUGUGUCAUGUAUUUUUAAUGUACCUCACCAAAUGUAACUUUGCAGUGAUAACAGUAUGAAAAUUGUUGUACAAUAGUUUUAUGCUAUAUGAUUACUGUAUCAAUCAACUGAACAUAGCGAAAGGUUUCAAUUUUUAUGAGUCAUGGCCAAGUGCCACUAAAAUGUUAAAAUAAACCAUUGCUUUUAUCAAGAAUUCUCAUAAGGCCAGCCUGAAUUAUUGGGAUCUGGUAGAAAUAUGCAGUUACAGUAAAUUUAAUUCUUCAAAAGCACAAGAAAACAUUGUGUUGAAAGAUCUGUAUAUUUAAAACAUUAAAUUGUACUAGAGGGAAAUUUAAACCAUCAGCAUUUGGCUCUUGUAAUUUACAAAAUUAAGAACUGUUGUUCCUCAAUAUUUUUUUUCCUCAAUAUUUUUUUUAGAGUAUAUUGUUUAUUAUCAGACAAUUAUUUUAUUAUUAUUUCACUAGUUUAUUAUUAUUAUUUCACUAUUUAUUUUAUUAUAAUUUCACAAGUUAACUCACUCACCAACAGGAGCCCUUGAAGGUUGAAAUCAGUAUUGUGAAAAGUUUUAAAUGGAAUGUGAAUGAGAGAAAAUACUUAAUUUGCCACACAUCAGAAUAAAGUAUAUAUAUAUAUAAGAUAAUUAUUUACUUGUAAAGAAGUUUGAUAGCACUGAAGUAAAUUAUCUCAUGGUGUACAGUAUUGCUACAAGCAGCAAAUUAAUUUAAGUACACAAUUAAGUAUUAUACUAGCUUGAUAUAUGCAUAUAUGAUGGUUGUUUUAUCUUAAUCCAUAUAGGAGCAAGUCAAAAACUUUUUCGUGAAAACAUUUUUAUAAAGAGUAUCUAAUGAAAUCCUAAAUUCCAGCAUAGGUCCCCAUUCCCCUUGUAAUUUAUAUGAGGCCAUGAAGCUCAUUGUAUAUUUUUAAGACAAUAGCUAAUGACUGAGAGAACACUGUAACUGUCUUUCGGUCACUGACCUGUCUUUUGUCAUCUAAGGACAAAAUAUGUUCACAGGUACAUAAGUACGUAGUCAAGUAACUACCAAUGGGGAUCUGCAAGUGCCAAAAAUUGUAGACAGUCUUGUUUACUUUGAAAAAGAUACAGAUUUUUAUUUUCUCAUAUAGGCUGUAAUUUUGAUGCUUUAGUUUUGUCUGAUACUAUAAUUAGUUUUUGGUGAAUUUCAUUUUUCAGGAUGAUUCCUUCCAUUUCCUUAUUGUGCUUACUUUUCAUACAUAUCCUACAUAGCAAUACAUUUCAGCUGAUUUUAACAGUAUACAAAUAAUCCGUACCAUACUGAGGUGUCAUAGGGGUUAUAGUUAAGCACACUAUGCACUGCUAUGUUAUACAGUAUAAUUAAAAAGUUAAAUGUGUAUUUAAGGUUAGGUAUUGGCCUUCAGUUUUUUAUAAUGGACUAUUUUGAUACUAUUAUGUUUACAUUUUCAUUAAACAGUAUGUGCCAAUGUCUUGUUUUCUGGAAAGAGUAUGCUUUAAUUUCAUUCAACUGUUCAUACACUGGUAAGCAAAUUUUACUCGAGCAGUUACAUAUAAAGAGUCUAUACUAUUUUUACUCUAUCAUGUUAUUAUCAAAUGAACAAUUGAUAUGAGGGAUAUUUCUGGUUAAAAUUUUUAGUAACAUUAUUAUGCAAAAACAUCUUUCCUUGCUCAUAAUAUAUUGUUUAAGAGUAUUGUAGUUAGUUUAACUUUAUAGUUUUCAUGUUAUAUGCUGUGAAAGUUUAUGUACUACUAAGAGCAUAUGUAAUGCUGUUUUGUUGUCCCCUUUCAUAGGGUAAUGGGGUCCCGGUUAAAUAUUUAACUUAAUUUUUACGUCUCGAAUUUAAUAGCUGCAAAGUAUAUUUCACACUAUAAAGGACUUGUUUGUAAUAUUUUUAAUCAUUAUUGUAACAUUUUUUAUAAAAUGCAUAUUCCAUAUUGUUAUAGACCAAAUUUAUGUUAGUCUUCAUUAUUCUUGGUGAAUCUUUUUACUUGUUAGUUUUCAUUAUUCUUGUUAAAUUGCAGUUCAUUCUGUAACUCAUUCAUACCUACACAAGUACCUUUUUUCAGUAUAAUAAAUAUAGUUUUAUAAUGUCCUAUGGUAAUUUCUUUGAAUUUAACUGAAUUUGUAAGUUAAUAAACAAUUCUGAUA